AUGCAAAAGAAAAAAAUAAUUCCCCAUCUGUCAGUACUAUUAACAUUGUUAUUAUCAUGGUAUCUCUUGUUUUUGUGUAGUCGUUUGAAUUGCUUUAAAUAUAGUAGUAACAUAAUAAAAAGGGGGUUUACGAUAAGAAGGAAAAGCAAUGGCAUUAAGAAUAGGAAAAGGGAAUUUAUUCUAAACAGUUAUGGAAAGGAAUUUUUUGAAAGAGUAAAAAAGCUAAACCACAUAUCAGAUGUUUUGGGGAUUGAUGCAUACCCAUCAGAUUUUAUAAAAAGAACUACAAAAAUAAAUUAUUUGAAGAAAAAUUAUGAGUAUUUAAAAAAUGGAGAAAAGGAUCUUGAUAAAACGCAUGUUAUAUACGGCCGAAUUAUGGUCAAACGAAAUAAUGGAAUGUUCCUCAAUGUGCAGGAUGAUACAGACACUAUACAAAUAUAUAUAGAUGAAAAUCUUAUGUUUAAAAAAAAAAAAAAGUCAAAACCAAAAAAUGAUAAUCGUUUAGUAAACGGACAAACGGAUGAUCAGUGUGACAAAAAUAUUUCCUAUCCUUUGCCACAAACAUUAAUGCAAAGAACGAGUGGUGAUAACAAUGUCACACAUGGGGAGAAUAAUAUACAGUACUCGUACACACAUACUGAUAAUCCACCCAACACAGACUCAUUAAAUGUUAGAAAAAUUGUAGAAGUCGGAGAUUUUGUAGCAAUAAAAGGAUUUAUCCGAAAAUCGCUAAGAGGGGAAAUAACCUUACACACUCGUGAAAUUUACAUGCUAACAAAAUCAUUAUUGCCUUUACCAGAUAAACACAAAGGCAUGAAAGAUAUUGAAUAUAAGUAUAGAAAAAGAUACCUUGAUUUUUUAACGAAUAAAGAAGAAAAAGAAAAGAUUUUGGGAAGAUUUCAAUUAAUUCAAGAAAUUCGAAAAUUUUUAUUAAAAAAAAAAUACGUAGAAGUUGAUACACCAAUAUUACAGUCAUUACCCGGAGGUGCUUCAGCGAAAGCAUUUGAAACCUUUUUAAAAUCGUUAAAUUUAGUUCUUUAUUUAAGAAUAGCACCUGAAUUAUAUUUAAAAAAAUUAAUUAUAAGUGGAAUAUCAGAAAAAAUCUUUGAAUUUAGCAAAUGCUUUCGAAAUGAAGGAUUGAGUACUAUCCAUAAUCCUGAGUUUACAUUACUUGAAAUUUAUAAGUCGUAUUCUAAUUAUAAAUAUAUGAUAAAAUUUGUUGAAAAGUUAAUAAAAACAGUUGUAAAGAAAUGUCCCCAUCAUUCAAAUGGUAACAACAUAUUACUGCUUCAAAAAAAGUGGAAAAAAAUAUCCUUUAUCAAAAUACUACAGGAUUACACAUCUAUAAAUUUUUUGAACUUAUCCUUUGAACAAGCUUAUAAUGAAGCAAAGAAAUUAAAUAUAACAUUUGAUCAACAGAAAGAGCAUUUAAAUUGGGGGUUAGUUGUUCAGGAAGUUUUUAAAAGAAAGGUAGAACCAUACUUAGACAAUCACCCUGUGCAUAUAUAUCAUUUUCCGGAAGAAACUUCUCCACUAGCCAAAACAUUACGCAAAAAUAAAAAGCUGUCUGAACGAUUUGAAACGUAUAUAGGGAAGAUGGAAAUAGCAAAUGGCUAUUCCGAGGAAGCCAAUGCACUAAUGCAGGAAAGAAAAUUUAUAUCUCAGUAUUCAUUAAAACACAAAAGUAUUAAAAACAACAAAUAUAGCACCCCAAAUAGUCGUGAUGAUUCUAAUCGAUUGGAUCCAAACAAACAGAAGAAUUAUUAUCCCCCCAUUUCUAUAGAGUUACCCCAAGAAGAUGAAAAUGUUAGGUCAAGCAAGGAACAUAUCGAAAAUAAAAAUUGUGAAAUAGAUUAUGAUUAUGUAACUGCCUUGGCGCACGGCUUACCCCCAACUGGAGGUCUAGGUAUAGGGAUAGAUCGUUUGUGCAUGUUGCUAACAAAUUCGAGUUCAAUCAAAAAUGUAUUAUCGUUUUCGAUCAUAAAACCAAACUGA